AUGAUUCUAGAAGGAGCAAAAGACUAUGUAGAUAACAUUAUCCCAUCAACUCAGCCAGUACAAUCCGUGUUAUUUGCUCCUAGUGAACGGAAGCGAAACUUUUCAGAAACUGAUAUUGAUUGUUUAGAUUCAGAUGUGCGUAGCAGUAUGGCCUCUGCAAAGAAGGCUAAAUCAGAUGAUGAUCAUGUGUCAGAUAGGGUCAUGGCUAAUGCACGUAGAGUUUUGUAUGGGAAUACCCCAGGAAAAUCCGUAUCUAGUGAACGGAAACUUUCGGUUCAAAGCAAUGAUCAGCCAAGCGUUGUGUGUAUCAUGAUGAAACUGGAUGACAUUUCUAAUGACAUUAAAAAGGUAAAUCAUGAUUUGUCAGAUAGAAUCGAUAAACUGGAAGUUGAACUUGGAAAAAGGCUGUCUGAAAAACUGUCUGAUAAGAUCUGUCAGCAAGUCGAUAAGAGAAUAAGUGUUGAAAUAAAACGCGUGAAUAAAGCUGUUGAUGAAAAAUUUGAUACAGUCCGUACAGAUAUGAAUAGUGAUAUGGAAGAAAUCCAGGUUAAGCUCAACUCAAUCACUGAUACUGUCCAGACUUUGAUACGUGACAUACUGAAACUAUCUAAUAUUGAGGUUGUGUCCGCGCGACGAGUGAAAAAUGAUAGCUCCAAAUAUCCUGGUGUAGUUGUUGCAACUCUGCAAAACAGUGAAGCACGAGACCGAGUGCUGAAAGCUAAGUCAACACUCCGCAACAAUCCCUUUAAAGACAUAUACAUAGAUGCAGAUCGUACAAGAGAGGAGAGACUUGCAACACAAAAUCUCCGCACCGUGGUUGAUGCAAUGAAUAAGGGUGCUCGAAUGUCUAUACGGGGAAACAAGGUUGUUCUUGCGUCUAGAAAUUCUAAUAGUGAACCAAGUGUUAAUUCAAAUACUGAUAGUGCUUUUUUGAAUAAUCAAACCAGUGAAAAUAAUCCUUCAAAUUCUGAUGGCGGUCUAUACAGCUCGAUAUCAAAUUCACAAAACUCAAGUAAUAAUAAAUCGUGUAAUAACAGUGGAAACAAUAGAUACGCUCAUGGUCACUGGGGUCAAGGUCGUGGAAAUCGGGGUCAAGGUGGACGAGGUCGUGGGCGUGGUUUCCAGAACAACAACAACAACAGAGAUAGACGACAACAACAAUAG